GAAACAAACUAGUCGGACGUCGUCUGCUCCUCCAGUUUACGCGCUACACGGCUCAGAUGCACACUGUAGGAAUGUACGGCAAAACCAAGCGUUUCUUUUGGUUUUUAGAGGGGGAACCAGCCUUAUAAAAAGUGCAUUUUCAUCUCUAGCAUGACAGGUCAUUUCUAAAGCCGAUAAAGGCGUUAACAAUGUCUUACCAGCAGCGCGGUGUCCAACUCUCUGCUGCUUCGCUCGCUGUCGUUUUCGGCCCGGACGAGGAAAGUUUUGGCACCGCUGAAAGGAACCUCAACACAAAUACUACGAGUGGUCAGGAGAUUUUUGCGGACUUUAAAGCGCAGAACCUGCGCAGUUUCUGGAAUAAAAGACUAGUUAAGGCCAUAAAUGAAGUAUACUUUCAGGGAUGGAUGGAAAAUUUGGUGCUUUUCAUUCAAGGGAACGCAAACAACCUAGAGGUGCUGAGAGAAGCGUGGAUGCGCAGGGGUCUGAGGUCACCAAAGGGAUUUAUCAUUAAAGCUGUCGGUGACCUGUCUCCAGUGCAGAUGUUCCCUGUCCCCCAAUCCCAGUUCAUUCCCUUGGCUGAGGUGUUGUGCUCAGUCAUCUCAGAUAUGAACUCCUCCCAAAUCACCGUGACCCAGGAAGCACUUGUCAAUUACAUGAGCAAAGCCCACCCAGGGACAACCAUCCCCACUCAGGACAUCCUCUACAAUGCUCUGGGCACGCUUAUCAAGGAGCGCAAGAUUUACCAUACAGGAGAGGGCUACUUUAUUGUUACCCCUCAGACCUAUUUUAUUACUAACAACAUGGUCCGAGAGAAGAACUGGUGGACUUCUGGGUCAGCAGAUGACCCUCCUUCACCUCCUCCCAUUACCUAUCUAUUAAGCAACGAUGCCUGUGUUGAGAGCACUCCGACACUCCCAGUGGCACACUGUAAGUCUUGUAGCUGUUUCACCCCUCUCCAAGCAACCACUAAUAUCGCUCCCACUACUGUAACAGCCACUGUCCCUCCCUCCACUGACCAACAUUCGGUCUCUGUUUCCGUUAGUGAAUGCACAGGCAAGAACUUAAAGUGGCCCAAACCGUUAGAUCACAAACCCACAGUGCAGCAUCAGUCUACCUCCACAGCAGCAGACUGUCAGGCAAGUGAGAUCAGCAAAACUACAGCCACUACCAACACCUCGGGCCGCAAAGAAAAAGACAGCAAACCAGGCAGGAAGUUUGGUCUCAGUUUAUUCCGGAGGAAUGGAUGUAAAAAAGAGAAGCCAAAGAAGGAGUAUGCUUCAUUUUCAGGCCAGUUUCCUCCAGAGGAAUGGCCAGUGAGAGACGAGGAUGACCUGAACAACUUACCCCGUGACCUGGAGCAUGCCAUCAUCAAACGCAUCAACCCUGAGCUGACUGUGGACAACUUGACACGCCACACAGUCCUAAUGAAGAAGCUGGAGGAGAGGAGGGAGAGAGGGAUAGACAGAGUUUUGGACAAGGGCCUGGAUAAAGAUGAUAAGGGAGUGGACAAGGGAAUAUCUACUGAGAUUCUAAUUUUCUCAAAACCCAGGCAUCAUCACUCCUCUAAGGCAGGGGUAGGGAAAAGAUCUGCUCCAAAGGUCUCUCGCAGCAAAAGGAGAGCCCAAUCAUCCAGAGAGAAACAGAGGGAAAGGGAGAAAGAGAGGGUUAGGAGUAAGGGUCCCAUAUGUGCGGACAAAUAUCUAGAGGGGGAGGAUCUGAUCCCGACUCGACUCAGAAUGGAAAUCCCUGUUGAUGAACCAGAUCAAGUGGAAGAAGGUGGAGCUGUUGAUGGAAAAUCUCUUUAUAAAAAACACAUUGAAAACCCUUUCCAGACUCAUCCAAUCAAAGAAGCUGAGACCGUAAUUCCUGCCACUAUUAACAGAGAGCGUAGAAGACGAGAGAUGAAAGAAAGCAACACGCCAGGGCCAAGGAGGAAGGAACGACCAAGUCACCGCUCUAAAUCCUGGGACCCACAUCGGGCAAAGGUAAUUGCAGCAGAUGGAGAGCAUGCAGAGAAAUCCCCUACAUCUGAGGACAGGUAUGACUGUGUCCAUAUGAGGAACUUUGCUGCAGAUUAUCUGCUCCAAGCAGGCACAAAACUCAGCAAAGAGCUGCCGCCGGACUACAGCUCAGUCUACCCACAAAGCAGUACGCUCCGGAUAGACGACAAGGUCCAACAUCAGAGGGAAGGAAACAACAAGGAGAGCUGGGAGAGAGAAGGCAAAAAUGGCCCUUUUCAGGAGGCACUAUACCACAUAGUACCAGGCCACAGCCAAACUAUAAAUGCCUGUCUCCAUAACACCCAACAGUAUUCUAAUACUAAUGGGAUUCUACCUACCCAUCCCAGUGAGCCUAUCACACACCACUCAUCUGACCCAUCUCUGCCCUGGCCCAAGCCCGCUUUACAGCGGAAACACUCCCUCAGGCUCUACAACACACACAGGGAUGAUAUUCAGAGGCCUGAUGAGUUGUGUUCACACCAGCAGGCAUGUGAAACUACAGCUGUGCAGGGACAACAAGAGAUAAAAUAUACCACUAUCAGUAAUAAAGAGCAAAGGAUCAUGAGCCAGGGAGAAAGGCCAAAACUGACAUCUGAAAACGCUGCCUCAGUAACAGCCAGCGAUGGCUUUAUAGAAGAUGACUACAGGCUCUAUCAGAGAGCAGAUGAGCAGGAGGAUGAAGAUGCCUGCAGCUCCUUGUGCCUGAAUGAGGACGAGAUUAUCAAGCCUCCAAAUGUGUACCAGACAGGUGUAGGAGAUCAACAUGACCACCGGUUAGGUUGCCAUAACUGUGAAUCUGAGUUGCAGUAUCAGGGACCCCACAGUCAUUUCUAUAACUCCAGCUUUCAACAAGAAGUUGCCUCAAUACAAGAUUCAAGGGACUGGACUUUGAAUGGUCUCAUUCCCCCAGCAACCCAGAGUGAAGCAUCCGCCAACUCCACCAGGCCAGCAGUAACUAGCUGGAGACUCCAUAACCGCUAUCAGCGGACAAGAUCACCAGGGGCCCACAGUGAAUCCCGCCCCAAGCAAGGCACAGUGGUACAGGGGGAAGGACGACAUGAGGUAAACUUUGGUUUGGACUGUCCUGAACCAUCUGAAGUUGCUGACGGUAGCAUCUUUGACUACUGCCGGAGCAGUGAAAUAGAAUCUGACACAGAGAGAGUCCGUAAGUCGACUGAUGAGGGCGACGGUGAAUCUGCUCACUGGGCAGCUGAGGUGGAGGAAGUACAGGAGGAUGAGUUUGAUGAGACAGGUGUUCCUCCGACACGAACUAUUCUGGGCAGGCUCAGUGGAGCCAGAAGGGCAGAGACUGGGGAAGUGGUGGAAAUGGGAGAGAACCAGAGCAUCACAGGAGACAGUGGCAUAGAUUCUCCUCGGACCCGUGUCAGUCUGGCCUCCAGCAACACUGUCAUUCUGGAGGGUCUCAAGAGAAGAGGCUUUUUACAAAACCUGGAGAAACUACACUCAAAGAGCAGCACCAUUCGGCCACAAAGCUCACUGCUGCAGCUAACUCCUGUCAUGAACGUAUAGCACAUCUGUGUCCCCCCUGGUGAAGCUUUGUGCUAGAGCAGACAGAUGGAAAGGCCAAAACCUUUGUCUGUCUUCAAAUCUCCACUUCUAUGCAACUGUUGCGAUCAGAAACAUGUCCAGUGAGGACAUGUAAUACCUAUUACAGCAGGGGCCAGUGUACAAAUAUACAGCAUAUUUUUUUCUUUUUGUAAAUAAUUUUAAAGGUAAUAUGCUAUGAUGUGUCCACUCCUGGACAGCCUUAUGUUUGUGCUGUUAAAUGCAUGCUGUAUUAACAGCAGUUUUUGUGAUAUAAGUGUACAGUUUUCUUUCUCUACAUGCCUCAUUCAUGUUCAUAACAGCAAUAACAUUUCCUUUCAUUUUCUUUUUUCUCUCAUAUAGCAAUUGCCACAAAUAAAAUUAUGAAUAUCAACCAGGGUGUCUUCAUGUUUCUCCCUAUAAAAGAACACUUACCACCGAUAUAAAA